AUGUACCUCGGUAUAGAACUCGUCCUAGCACUUAGUGCUGCACCGGUUCGAACUGUUUUUGGGUUCGAAAUCGAACCGCAAUUCAACGAACCGUAUUUAUCAACCUCGCUUCAAGAUUUCUGGGGGCGUAGGUGGAACCUCACGGUAACGCGUACGCUACGCCCUACCGUAUACAAUCCCGUUCGCUACGUCGUUUCAUCUUAUGUCGGUAAUUCAUGUGCGACUUCUAUUGCCACACUGGCAACUUUUAUUGUGUCGGGUUUAAUGCACGAGGUUAUUUAUUAUUAUCUUGCACGUGCGCCUCCCACGUGGGAAGUCACGUGGUUUUUUGUGCUGCAUGGUGUUUGUGUUUCUUUUGAGGUUGUGGUUAAGAAGAUUAUUCUCCGUCGUGGGUGGAGGUUGCACCGUGCCGUGUCGGGUUUGUUUACGGUGGCGUUUUUGGCUGUUACUGGUAAUUGGUUGUUUUUUCCUCAGUUGCUUCGGAAUGGUGUGGAUAGGAAGGGUAUUGAAGAGUACGAAGUUAUCAUGGAUUUUGUGAAAGAUAAGUUACGUGCAAUUACAUUUGUUUAG